AUAAUAAUAAUUAUUAUUAUUAUUAUAAUCAAUUAAAUAAAUUACAAAAAAAUAAUAAAAUUAUUAAAGAAUGGUUACCAAAUUUAACUUAUUCUACAUUAUGUGAAUUAUAUUUUAGUGUAAAUUGUUUAAAUACAACAUUCUAUUCAAAUUAUUCAAAUCGAUAUAGAAAUAAACUACCUAUAAGUAAUAAAUUAGUAACUAUAUUUGAUGUAAUUAUUGAAUUGAAAGAUAUUAAUGAUAAUGGUUGUCAAUUUAUUCCAUCUAAUCAACAAAUUAUUAAUAUACGUGAAGAUUCAUUUAUUAAUGAUACACGUUUUACAUUAAAUAUACCAUAUGAUCCAGAUGAUAUAAUGAGUGGAAAUUCUGUUAAAUCAGAUCGUAUUUGGAUAAAUACUAAUUCUAAUUUAAUUCAUAAUUUAAAUAUAUUAAAUUAUUUUAAAUUACAUAGUUUAUCAUUAAUGAAAAAUAUGACAAUACCAAAUAUUUAUUUAGAAUUAGAAUUAAUUCAAAAAUUAGAUUAUGAAAAACAAAAAAAUUAUUCAUUUCAAAUUAUAGCUGAUGAUGGUUUUUCAUCUGAUAAUCAUCAAUGUUAUCUUAAUGUAACAAUACUUGUAGAAGAUUGUAAUGAUCAUAUACCAAUAUUUGAACAAUCUAUGUAUAUUGUAAAUGUAAGUGAAGAUACACCAAUAGAUCAAAUAAUUCUAAAAUUGAAAGCUAUUGAUGAAGAUGAAUAUGAUAAUGGUAAAAUUAUUUAUAGUUUCAGUUCAUAUACAGAUGAUAUGGAUGAAGAGAAAUUUUUCUAUAUUGACUCAGAUACCGGUGAAAUUAGAUUACGUAAUCGACUAGAUUAUCGACAAAAACCUCAACAUGUUUUGAAAGUAUUUGCCAAAAAUCCUGAUAACACUACAUCAGGACAUUUAAAAUCUUCUCAAAUUAUUUCAGAAUCAUCAGUAACACAAAUCAUUGUAAAUGUAAUAGACGUAAAUGAUCAUUUUCCUCGUGUUCGAGUCCUAUCUCCUACUGGUUCAAAAGAUUUGGAAAUAAUUGAAGAGUCUCCUCCUGGACAAGAUAUAGGAAUUGUGGAAGUUUCAGAUGGAGAUACAGGAACGAAUGCUCUUGUGAACUGUAAAAUAAUUAAUCAAACUACGUCAGGUGUUCUACGUCUAAUUCCUAUCAACAUUGAAGGUGUUCACCCAGGUUUGACAAGUUCUAAUCAUAAAUAUAAAAUAACAAUGGAAAAGCGAAUAGAUAGAGAAGAAAAUGAAGUCAUAGAGUUUACUAUUCUGUGUCAUGAUGGUGGAAUUCCUUCACUAACAACCACUGUCGCACAACGUAUAAAAAUUAUUGAUAUAAAUGAUCAUGAUCCAAUUUGUGAACAAAAUGUUUAUAAAGUUGAAAUUAGUGAAGAUUCUGAUCCAGAAAGAAGUAAAUCAAACUUUGAAAUUAUAACUAUUCAUGCUACUGAUAAAGAUGAAGGUCAAAAUGCUAAAUUACGUUUUAGUCUUGAUCAUGAAACUCCAACUUUUCUUUUAAAUAUUGUCACAAUUGAUUCAAAUUCAGGUACUGUAAGUACAUUGGGUAAUUUAGAUCGUGAAAAAUUAAAUGAAUUCUCUGUGACUAUUAUCUGUUCAGAUUAUGGUGAACCAGUAAGAACUAUUAAAGUUUUUAUACAUGUAAAAGUUUUAGAUUAUAAUGAUAAUUCACCUAUUUAUUCUCAACCUUAUUUUCAAUUUAAUUUUAAAGAAAAUAAUGCUAUUGGACAAUUAAUUGGUACAUUUUAUGUUACAGAUAAAGAUAUAGGUAAAAAUGCUGAAUUAGAAAUUUAUAUUGAAGAGAAUUUUGAACGACCUAAUAUGUAUUUAACAUCAUUAAAUAAGAAUUUAAUUAUACCUAAUAAUAUUGAACAAUUAAGAUUUAAUUCAAGAGAUUUUUUACUUUCAUCUAGUUUAAGACAAAGGAAAUAUAUUGAAUCUAUAUCAAAAUUUCGAUUAAAUUCAUAUCCAUUACAUAGAAAUUAUUAUAAUACUUUUACAACAAAUGAAACAUCCUAUGAAGUCAAAUUAUAUAUAGAAUCUAUAAUAGAUCGUGAAAAUCUUAUUAUAAAAAGUACUAAUUAUCUAUCUAAAACUUUAUCCACUUAUGAAAUAUUUGAAAAUGUCAAUUAUAAUUAUAAUCAUUAUAAUAGAUUAUCAAAAUUAACUAAUAAAACAAAUUAUUCAAUGUUAACACCAAUGAUUAUACUAAUUGUUCAUGCACAUGAUAAAGGUAUACCGAAAUUAUCUGAAAAUGUUCAAAUACGUAUACAAAUAUUAGAUCAAAAUGAUAAUUCACCACGUUUUAUAUUUCCAAAUUCAACAAAUUUAAAUAAAACUAAAAUUAAUUUAUCUUAUAAAGAACCUAAAGGAUAUACAUUUACACAAAUACAAGCUGUAGAUGAUGAUGCUGGUGAAAAUGGUACAGUCACAUAUUUUAUACAUUCUGGAAACGAUGAAAAUUAUUUUAUAUUAGAUAAAAAUACUGGAACACUCAGUAUUAAUAAAGAAAUUCCAUAUACUGCAAUAGGUGAACAAAUUCUCAAGAUAGAAGCAAGAGAUUGUGGACAACCAUAUCAUUUUACUAUAACUGAUUUAAUUAUAGAAAUUGAUGAUUCCUCUUCAAAAGCCUAUCUAUCUAUGAAUCUUUAUCAUUUAAAUAAUGCUGGUGAAUUUAGUAGUUUUGGAUCAAGUGGAUAUAAAUUAAAUCUUUAUAUUGUUAUAGCAAUUAUUGCAUCCGCUUGUAUUAUAUCAACUAUACUUAUAUCUUCUGUAUUUAUUUUUCUACGACGUUCUAAAAGAAAUAAUGUAUUUCAUGAUAGAAGUAAUAAAAUAGACAUUAAUACAAUUAAUCAUUGUACAACAAAUAUGAAAAAUUCACCUUCAAACUGGUCAAAAAUGGAUCAAUCACAGAAUUAUGAUUUUUCUAGACCUUCUAAUAGUUAUCGAGUGAUUCAUUCAAUACCUGACUGUUUAUCACAGUUUUCUAAUAUUGGAGGUCAAACAAGUUUGGAAUUAACAAAUUAUCCAAAUGGUAAACUAUUAUCAUCUCAUCAAGAUUCAAUGUUUGGUAAAUGUUCCAAUAUAAAUAUAUCAACUGAAUACUGGGAUUAUAAUAAUAAUAAUAAUAAUCACAUGGAUAUAAAUACAAUUAAUAUGAACAGACAUAAUGAUCUAAUGGAUAAUCAAAAAAUUGAAAUAUAUAUUCCUUCAUGUCAGUACAUGAAAAUGAUGGAUCUAACAGAUGAGACAGAUUUAAAAUAUUCAUAUGAUGCACAUUCAAGUUAUUUUGAUGAAACACAACAAAAAUUUAGUUUAAAAGCUUAUCAAAAUGACAGAAUUAUUCAAUAAUCCACUAUGGAAUAAUCAUACAUAAAAUCAUGAUUAACUAUACAAUAAACGAUCUAUGUUGAAUUUCUAAUUAUUCUCAUUAUUAAUCAUAUCUCUUACUAAUCAAUGAGUAAAACAACAGUCCAAAUCAAGAUUCUAUCCCUUGAGAAGUAAUGAAAAUCAAUUGAAUAUGAUGGUUUUCGGUGAUAUAUAUUCGAUAUUUUAAUGUUUAUAAUUUGUUUACAUUAUUUUAGUUCAUGGUGUUCAAGAUAAAAAUAUGCAUCUAUUAAAAAAGAAUAUUAGUUUACUGUUGCAUUCUUUAUAUGGUCAUAAGUGCCUCGAUAGUCAACUUCUUAUAUAUAUAUAUUUUUUCAAUAUUGUUCAGGGAUAUAAAAGAAUGUCAACCAAAGAAUAAUAUAAUGUCACCAUAUGAAAAAAAAAACAUAGUGGUGAAAAUAUCUGUUUAAUCAAGUAUUUCUAUGACAUAAGAUCACCUUGUAGUAAGUUGGCGUCAUUACAAACUAGAUGAAAGUUUAUUUUAAACAAAUGAUAAUGUAACUAUUCCAUACAAAAUUCUAUUUCCAUUGAAAUUAUUGCCAAAUUGAACAAACUUAAUAUAUAAUUCUCAGAGCGAUUUCUAUGUAUUAACUAACAACAGAUUCUCAUACUUUUACAUGUCUAAUUUCAAGUGAAAACAAAAAACAAACAAACUAAAAGGAACAUUAUAUUGAUUGACUUAAUAUUGAAUUUGAUGACGCGAAAUAAAAGAAUGAACAAUAACAACAUCAACAACGACAACGACAACAACAACAACAAUAGCAACAAGAACGACAAUGACAACCACAACAACAACGGGGGUUUUGUCGAAUUUUACAUGAAAUUACAAACUACAUUUUAUAAUACGUGUAAAAAUGUCAAUUUGUUUCAUAAGUUACAAACAUAAGUUAUUUUUUGAAAAAAAAAACAACAAAAAAUUGUCAAACAAUCCAAAUUGUCAAACUUAUUUAACAGUUUAUUUUUUUAAAGAAAAGUGUGACGCUUGUGAAAUUCCAGUACAUUGAUUAUUGAAUAACCAUUCAAGUGGUAUAAAGUUAAUAUUGAUAAUUUAAUUUUCACAAAAUGUUAUAUGAGUAGUAACAGGAACGAUCUAUUCAAAGUCAUUCAAAGAAAUCUAUAUUUUGAGGUGUAUAAGUUAUAUUAAGAAAAUUUAAUUAUACAAACGUUUUGAAUACCUAGAAGCAUUGGAUGACCGUUUCUUUCUAUUGUGUGACUCCUCAACAGUGCAUAUCCACGAUCCCACCCACGGGAUUUAAACCCAGGGCCUUUGAUCUCACAUGCGACAGCUUAACCUCUAGACUAGUGAGCCAGCAUCCUAGCUUACCAAACUAAAUGAAAGAUCAAAACAUAUUUAUGAUAGACUAUCAAGUUAAAUGAAAUUUGAGAGUUACAUUGUCAUCCGUUUUUAGAAUUCACGUAGAUUAAUUUUAAAAUGAUGAAAGAUAAAAGGAAAUUUGUGAAUUAAAGAAUCGUGUUUUUUAUUUAUUGAAAGACUGAUACACAUAUGGGUUACGCAUAAAUAAACAUGGGACAUAUGAACGGUUCAUAUAUCAUUUUUUUCGUUUUUAUAAAACAAAUCUUUGGAUACCUUAUCUAUUCUGUAUCAGCGUUUCAAUCCAAAUAUCAUCACUAUCAAGUUUUUGUAUUAAAAAUUGUAACUUUAAAGUCGAUUUAUUCUAGUUUGCUUAUUUCUUAUAACAAACUUAUAUUAAGCUAUCUUUUUUGUUCUUAGGCAUUAGCCUCGUGAAAUAUUUUUAGCGGUUAUUACCAUAUGUAGUCAAAGAUGAUGAAUGGAUAUGAAAGAUUAAAAAAACAGUGAAUUAUCUUUGAAUGUGGGAAGUUAUGCAAUCGCAAGAAUGUAUGACAUAAUAUUCUACAACUAUUGAUACAUAGUUAUAGAUUACAUAAUUCUAGUAAAGCAGUCAUUCGUCAGAGCUCUAACAAUACUUCAACAAAUGUUAUAGAUCUAAAUCUUAUCAAUUGUUUAACUAUUUAAAUAUAUUUCAAUAUAUCAUAAAAGUACGUAAACAUCUUUUAACUAUAUGAAUUUACCAUCAAAUAGCAAAUGUUCUACUUUAGAUAAUAGUAGAAAUUAUCGACAGAAACCAUGAAAAUUACCAAUGACUCAGUUGAAUGAAUCCGAAUAUAUUUACCAAAAGGCAGAAUAUGUGCUUCUGCUAAUAUUUGAUGUCAGUUUAGAAUCUUAUAUAGUCCAAAAGUAAUGUAAUUGGUUGAUCUCUGUUAGUCGGUGCAUUAUUUCCUCAAUGAUUAUUCAUUGGUAGAAUAAGUUGACAACAGUAAAUAAAUUCAUGGACUAUAGUACAAUGACACGCUGUUCGUUCGAGAAAAUUAUAUACUUUGUUGAAUGAAAAUAAAUAAGUUGAAGCAUUCACGAAUUACUAUUAUUUUCAGUUGAAGUUAUAGAAUAUGUAUAUAUAUGUCAAAACAUAUUGCAGGUCAUGUACAGUUUGAGUGAUUUCCACGAAAUCUCUCAACUGAAAUCUAAUCAAGCACUUACUAAGAACUUGCGUCAGGAUGAAUUUUCAUGAUUUUAAAAGCAAUUCAGAUCUGAUGAGAUUCAGCCUUAUUAGGAAUAAACUGCCAAUAUUAGUAUAAUAAUACAGUACAAAGGCCGGGUAGAUCAUAACCUGUUCAGGAACAACUGGUGAGUAAAAAGCUCAAGGGUGGAAGUAUUUAGAUUGACCAAGAGGAUCACUCUUGAUGGCGAAACUCUGGAAGAUGUGGAAUCCUUCACAUACCUGGGAAGCAUCGUCGAUAAACAAGGAGGUUCAGAUGCAGACGUAAAGGCUAGAACUGGCAAAGCAAGGACAGAAUUCCUUCAAUUGAAGAACAUAUGGAAUUCGAAACAACUUUCAACCAACAUCAAACUCAGAAUCUUCAAUACGAACGUCAAGGCAGUUCUACUGUACGGAGCUGAAACUUGGAGAACUACAACAACCACCAUCAAGAAGGUACAAGUAUUUAUCAAUAGAUGUCUACGCAAGAUACUCAUCAUCCAUUGGCCGGAUACCAUCAGCAACAGCCUUUUGUGGGAGAGAACCAACCAGCUUCCAGCUGAAGAGGAAAUUAGGAAAAGACGAUGGAAAUGGAUAGGACAUACAUUGAGGAAAUCAUCAAACUGCAUUACGAGACAAGCGCUAACUUAGAAUCCUGAAGAGAAGCGGAAAAGAGAAAGGCCAAAGAACACAUUACGUCAGGAAAUAGAAGCGGAUAUGAAAGGGAUGAAUAGAACUGGAAAGAGCUGGAAAGGAUUGGUUGGGACAGGGUUGGAUGGAGAAUGCUGGUGAGCGGCCUAUGCUCCUUCACGAGGAGUAACAGGCGUAAGUAAGUAAGUAAGUAAGAAGAUUAUUCAUUUAAAUGGCUGCUCAAUUAUCCACUUCUGGGUUAGACCAAUAUUAUAUGUUCUCAUAACUUGUAUUUACAUUAAUUUAAUCUUUAGAAAUGAAACUUUCCCUUCAAAAUUAGCCUUCAUAUUCAGUGAAGCUGAUUAGGCCACUAUUUCAAAAUGUAUUUUAUGAUUAAAUUAAAGUGUUAUAUCAUUGAAUGCUAACCAUUUAAUUUUAAUUCUUAAACAUACGGUUCUUUCCUUAUCCUUUUUUUUUUACAAACUAUAACAUAUUGAUUUCAGAU